AUGCCACAAGAAGAAGUGAAGUUAUCCGCACUUGUGGACUCAAUUCACAAGAGGGGCGGCGGCCUUGCCUUGCCGAACAAACCUAUCGAUAUCAGCAAUGUACGAUUACUUCUGCGCAGUUUCAGCGCCUAUUUCGAAUCUCAAAGCGAAACCGUCAAAACUUUCAGAAUAAGAGUCCGCAUCAUCUUUGAGUCAGUUCGGUGGUUCUACGAGUUCAGAAACGCAGAUUGGUUUUGGGACCGACUGAGGGAGCAACUACAGCUCGAUGCAGGGAUGAACUCAGAACGCCUUCAGCAGACAGUUGAGGCGAUCUGUGAUGCCCGAAAGGCAUGGAAGCAGAUACAUAGGCAUUCAGAACCAAAGAUUCACAACAACGCUCGAGCAUUCAUCAAGACCAUCGAUAAAGUCCUCAAGAAGGAAGCUCGUCGAAGCAAGUCAUUGCGCAGCUCUGAACAGGACUCCAAAGACGCCUGGAAUGCCCGAGCAUCAACCUGGCCAAGCCGUUUUCAAGAGUUUGUUGUAUCGCUGGGCGGGAAGAAGCCGGAGCAACCAAAGACGUCAAAAGAAAGGAGCCGAUUGGUUGUUGCCAACGGAACGACCACCCAACAUGAUACCAAUAUUCCUCACUCAGAUACGCAUGCUACGUCCCGAUCUCAGUCACCAGCAGCUAUCAGAAGCUCUUGCAGCCCACAGGGCAUGUGUCCAGAAGACACCGAUAUUCAGACAGCCCCUUCUCUUCCCCAGCACCCCCAGAUAAUCCCACCGGGGCUGUGGUACGUAGACCUCGGUAGAAACCUACACGGUCAUAAGCCUUCUCAAAGUAUCGAGGCCUCUACGCAAAACGACGACGAUACAGCAAUCGUGUCAGCUCCACUUGAAAAGGGAAGCUUCUCGGAUAUCAAUAAUGAUUCUGCAUCACUUAUAAAGUCACAGAGUGACUCGAGUUCUAGAAGAGAGACUCGCAGCUCCUCAAAUGUUGAAGAGCACUAUCAGGCCAAGACAAGCAGCCACGGACUAGAAAGGCACACAACUGAUCAACAUGACGUGACGAAGCUUAAUGAAAAUCGAAACCAGAAACGCCAAGCAUCGCCUUUGCCUGCAUUGAAAGCGAGGAAGAAGUCAAAGCCGGACGUAGGGGCACGUAGAACCACCCAACGGCAAUCGGUGGCUCCAGCGGAACCAGUUGAAGAUUGCAUGGCCGAAAGCACACACCGAACCACAUCUUCAGGCACUCCAGAGAUCGGCAGCAAUCCAGAACAACCUCUCGAAUCUGCAGUUGGUGGUCCCCUCGCAGCUGCAAAGAAUGUUACAUAUGGAGUCAACGAUCAGCUUACAUCGAAUGCUGAUGCAACUGCGCCGAAAGAUAGCAGUCUAAUGACAGAGGCUCCAGGUCCUGUCGCUGUCGAAAGCUCAAUCAUGGAGCUUCUUGCGGGCUAUCAGACUAAAACAGAUGCUUACGACUUCAAAGCUUCGUUGGAGAAACGUCUACUCCAAUUGGAAUGUCAAUCACAACGCCUCGAUAAGCUUGAGGCUUUGGUGAACAAGGACAAAGGACCAGAAAGCAGUGAUACUACCGGUGACAAUGGUUUGCAUGCCAAUGACCGCAAAGAAAAGUCUCGCAACGACCAAGUGCAGGCAUCUGCCAAUUGCGAGCUUGGACCCUUUCUGCAACAUAUUGGAAAUCAAAUCAAGAACAUUCGACACCAGCUUCGAACCAAGAUACGACAAGAGGAUGAAACAACUGAAGGGUGGAAAAGGAUGGCUUGCCUUGGAGAAGUGGCCUGGGCCCUAGAUACCGCAAUCCAACAUGCCAAGCACGGUGCCAGAGCAGUCCAGGAGCCAUUUGUACAGGAAGGCUCAGAUUGA